AUUUCUUCUCGCCAUCCACACUCCUCUAGUCGGCUUCGGUCCAGAAUAUCUUCCUGUUUCAACGCUCUGACAAACGGACGAAACGCUCAAGUAUCAAACCUUGUCAGCGUACGGAGUAGUUGACCAGCCAAGGAAAAGGUCCUGAAAAUAGCGAAUUCGCUGGGGCGGCGCAGACCAAUCUUAAUUUGCAAGAUCAAUUUCUGGUACUCUCCAACAGGAUCCAUUAAUUGGCUUGGCGACCGCUAUAGUGGGGCUUGAGGUCGAAAUUCACAAUUUUCAGCAAAAUACCACUUGGAAUAAACGAUUUCAACAAUAGGAAUACCGCUAUUGUCCGCGUGGCCUUCACUGGCUCAUUACAGCAAUCAAUCAGUAUCUUCGCCAGCUAUAUAAGCCAUCGUCUUCCCUGCCUUUUGGCAAGUUCAGCCAAAUCCUGUGGGCGAACCACCAUGGCCUCCUCGGAAGUCGACCAAAAGUUUCUUGGAAAAUAUGCCAAAGCCGUCGAACCCGAGAACCCGUUCCUUUCCUCCGUCCUGUUCAAACUGCUCGGACUCUCGGUGCUUCUGUCCAAGAAGCUUCUACGAGCACGGCGUCUCCGAAAACUCGACACUACGCGGGACACCAAAUCUCUCCAGCUUUACCAUCACAUUAUAUGGCUUUCCCGAGAAGGCCUGGUGAUGCUGGAGACCUACGUUCUUCCUCUCGUCCAAGACUACAUUGAGCUUCGCGUCCUCGCCUACAAAAUGCGCGGCAGCUUCUACCAUAUCUUUGUCCUCUUCCACAACCACCCGCCAAUCAACCAGACUUCUGUCCCGACAGGGCUCUCAUCGUCAUCGCCAUCCACGACAACCGAGGGUGGGCCUGUAGGCGGCAACCAACCUCCUCCUGGACUAGGAAACACGCCAAUCUCUUUGCCAAACCCCACAGCGUCCUUUCUCGUCCCUGCAAACAAUUACCUCCCCAUGGCGCAGAUCUGCUUUCGCGAAGCCGCUGCACUCGCACACGCCUUACUCGCAGGUUCGCAUCCACUCCGACUAAGCAUUGCUCUCGAACAAGCUGCGUUUCUAUACGACUGUGCCAAGGACGCCAACGCCUCACGCCGCGUCGCGAAGCAUGCUAUUGCAGACGUAUAUAAUGCCCCGGAGGAUAUGGACGACGAAACGUUUGAGGAUGCCGCUGAAAUGGUCCGUGGGCUGGGCGUCAUGAUGAAACGAGGACUUCCCAGCAACUCGUCCAGAAGUCGAAGUCGAAGCGCAAGUGCAUCCACAGCCACAACCACGACCACCACGGCCAGAGCCAGUACCCGCACUCCUCGCGCGGAGAACCUGAGUGGCUCGACGAGAGUCUCGCCACCAAGUGUCCCGACCCUAAGGCGGAGUAAGCCGAGUAUAAGAGAGCUAGGGGCCAGUCAGGUGUGAUUUGUUUAAAGCGCAUUGGAAGAGGUUGGGUCUUUUAAUGAUGUCGAAUGCGUUGGUUCGUUUGUGAGUGAGCAGAUUGAAGAUUAUUAAAUGUUGGCACUUGCGGCGUUUGGUGAAGAGGCCAUGGUCUGUCUGUCUAUUUGUCUGGUUUGUCUGUUAUUUUUGCCUUGUUUUGUCCUGUUUGAGCGAGGUUUCCUGGAUUUAGAUUCCCCCAUGAGUACACUGUUUUACCUAGGUUCGGUGGUC